GCUGUCUCUCUCUCUGCUGUCUCUCUCUCUCUGCUGUCUCUCUCUCUCUGCUGUCUCUCUCUCUCUGCUGUCUCUCUCUCUCUGCUGUCUCUCUCUCUCUGCUGUCUCUCUCUCUCUGCUGUCUCUGCUGUCUCUCUGCUGUCUCUGCUGUCUCUCUGCUGUCUCUGCUGUCUCUCUGCUGUCUGCUGUCUCUCUGCUGUCUCUCUGCUGUCUGUCUCUCUCUCUGCUCUCUCUCUCUGCUGUCUUUGCUCUCUCUCUCUCUGCUGUCUCUCUCUCUGCUGUCUCUCUCUCUGCUGUCUCUCUCUCUGCUGUCUCUCUCUCUCUGCUGUCUUCUCUGCUGUCUCUGCUGUGUCUCUCUCUCUGCUGUCUUUCUCUCUCUGCUGUCUCUCUCUCUCUGCUGUGUCUCUCUCUCUGCUGUCUCUCUCUCUCUCUGCUGUCUCUCUCUCUCUCUGCUGUCUCUCUCUCUCUCUGCUGUCUCUCUCUCUGCUGUCUCUCUCUCUGCUGUCUCUCUCUCUCUUUCUGAUGUCUCUCUCUCUCUCUCUGCUGUCUCUCUCUCUCUCGAUAGAUAGAUUCUGGCCAUCUUUCUUCACUCAAUAGAUAAAGAAAUACACUUUUGCCGUUUAAUGGAUACCUUUUUAUCAUACACCAAUGAGCCCAUAAAUUGCCGUCCUCUGUCAAGAAAAAUAUAGUGUGUCAUUGUGAUCACAGACAGAAUGACAGCAGAUCUACUACCACACGAAGAGAAACUCUCUGUAACAGGCUCACUGUGAUCACAGACAGAAUGACAGCAGAUCUACUACCACACGAAGAGAAACUCUCUGUAACAGGCUCACUGUGAUCACAGACAGAAUGACAGCAGAUCUACCACACGAAGAGAAACUCUCUGCAAACAGGCUCACUGUGAUCACAGAGAGCGAUGUCAUGCUCUUAAAGAACGGAAAUACACAAUGCGUCCUGGCCUGGGCGUGAAUGAUGCAGUUCCCAUAUUUAGCGGGUUGUGAUUGGUGGCAGCCAGCGGUGGUAUCAUUGUUGUAGGACUGCAGGAUGUCCUGAGGAAGACGCUCCACACUCUUGCCUCUACAGGGGCCAGUACAACACAGCAGCAGAGUGCAGCACAGCAGCUGUCUAGCGUUCGCGGCAGGGAGGCACGCUCUACACCUCCUAUCAACCCCUUCGGCCUCCUGAGGUGCUGCCCUGGCCUGGGAACGUGGGCUCUGGAGAUCCCGUCUUCUCCAACCCCCCCCCCCGUCUUCUGGCCAGCAAUUUGACUUUUUGUUUCAGUUUUGUGUCUUUUUUUGUUUUGUCGGCUCUGCUGCAUCAUCAGGAAAAUGGUGGAAGUGUCUAGAAAGUGUAAUGAAGAGAAGACUGCUCUUCUGUACAGGGAGGGCAGAGGAGAGCAUAGACAAUAGAGCCAGGAGUGUGCUCUCCGAUUGACCGGACAGACCGUUGACUAGACAGAGAGACGGAGUGGGCAUUAACAUCAAGGAGGGAAACCAAGAAAACAAAACCGCUAUAUUUGGCGAGAUAUACGCGUCCAUUGACACUUUGGCAUUCACAUUUGGCAAUGUAGUGUCUGACUUUCUUAUGGGAGAUGUGGACAGCCAAUCAGGGUGGGGGAUCCCACCGACCAGGAGAAGCAGGUCUUCUGAGAAUCUCUCUGUGGAUUCUGGGGGAUGUGUUCCAGAGAAGGAUUCUGGGUGGAAGAAUGACCUAGUGGGCCCAGAGGUGGCGCUGUCUGAGGAGGAGGAUGUUGACCUGACGCUGCAGAAGAACGACAGCGGGGUGGAGUCAGCUCUGCUCUAUGCCAAGGCGUGGUCUAAGUACACCAAAGAUCUGCUGGCCUGGGUCGACAAGCGGCUGGGACUGGACAUCGAAUGUGCCAAGAGCUGUGCCAAAAUGGCAGAAUCUGCAAAGAUGCUGGCGAGUCAACAGGACUACAUGCCUUUCAGGGAUACCUAUAUCUCUACGUUUAAGAAUGACACGGAGUACAGCCAACUCCUCCUGCAGACGGCCACUGCCCUGCAGACCAACAAAUUCAUUCAGCCGCUGUUGUCCAGAAAGACUGAGCUGGACAAACUGAGGAAAGACCUCAACGAGCAGUGGCAGAGAGAACAGAAGAAAAUGCAAGAGUCUGAGGCGGCGCUGCGUAAGGCCCAGUGGACCCAGACCCAGAAGACAGACGAGUACCAGAAGGCCCAGUCGUCAGCCAGCCGCUCCCAGGAGGAACAGCCCAGACAGCUGGACAAGAGGAGGAAACUGGAGGAAGAGGCUCUACAGAAGGCUGAGGAUGCGAGGGACCAGUACAGAUCGUGUGUAGCUGAUGCAGAAGUCAGGAGGGCAGAGCUGGCCAGCACCAAGACAUACAUCCUCACUCAGAUCAGAGAACUGCUGGCUCAGUGUGACCUCACACUCAAAGCUGUGACAGUCAACUGGUUCCAGCUGCAGCAGGCCCAGACCGUGUCUCUCCCCGUCCACUACCAGGCCCUAUGUGAGAAGGCUAAGAUGUACGAGCCUGGACAGAGAUACGCCGAGUUUGUCCGAAAUCUACCCAAAGAUCAGAUACACAUGGAGUCCUUCUCCAUUGAUGGACGGUUUGCUUUGUUCAGCAAGCGUUCGCUGGGCAGCACCAGUUCCCAUGGUAACUUGUCCCAGGUCUCCCUGACCUCCGAUGACGUCCUGAGUGGCGACGAGGUGGACAGUCCCCUGGGGUCGCGACCAGGGAAGAGGUCCAACAGCACCACAGACAUACAAGGUGACGUUAAACGCAGACUACCCAGAACCCCCUCCACUGGCACCAUGUCCUCAGCAGACGACCUGGACGAGAGACAACCACCCUCAGACAACGGUCUAGGUGAGAUGGUGACCGAAGCAGACGGUUCCCCAGGUCCGUUUCGUAACACCCAGAUGUCCAAGGCCUCUCAGACACACAAGCUGAGGAAACUCCGAGCGCCGUCUAAGUGCAGGGAGUGUGACAGUCUGGUGGUGUUCCACGGAGCAGAGUGUGAAGAGUGUUCCCUGGCCUGUCAUAAGAAGUGUCUGGAAACUCUGGCCAUCCAGUGUGGUCAUAAGAAGCUGCAGGGAAGACUACAUCUGUUUGGGAUAGACUUUACCCAGGCAGCUAAGAACAGCCCAGACGGGAUCCCCUUCAUCAUCAGGAAGUGUACCUCUGAGAUCGAGGACAGAGCACUCAACCUCAAGGGAAUCUACCGCGUGAACGGGUCUAAGUCUCGUGUGGAGAAGCUGUGUCAGGCGUUUGAGAACGGCAAGGACCUGGUUGAGCUCUCAGACCUCUCACCCCACGACAUCGGCAACGUGCUCAAACUCUACCUGAGACAGUUACCAGAGCCGCUGAUCCUGUACCGUUACUAUAAUGACUUCAUCGGAUUGGCCAAGGAGAGCCAGAGGGUGAUCAUCGAAGAGAAGGCUGCAGCCAGGGCCCUCCAGGACCAGGGGCGGCCAGGGGGAGAACAACCCCGACCAGGAGGCACCCAGCCUGGGGUAGAGGGAGAGCAGUCUCCCCUGAGAACCAGCCAGCCUGGAGGAGACCAGCCCAGUAUCAAACUCAAUCGAGUCAUCUUUAAGAUUAGAGACCUGUUACGACAGCUACCUGCUGCAAACUACAAGACCCUACGCUUCCUCGUCGCACACCUACACAGAGUGACAGAGCAGGCGGAGGAAAACAAGAUGACAGCCAGUAACCUGGGCAUUAUUUUCGGCCCUACGCUGGUCAAACCACGACAGACUGAUGCAGAGGUUUCCCUGUCUUCUCUGGUUGAUUACCCUUACCAGGCACUGAUGGUGGAGUUGCUGGUACGUCACUUCCAGAUGAUCUUUGACGUGGCCAGCACCGUCUCCUCUUCCUCCUCACCCACCUCCACGGCGGACCAGACCUCCACCUCCACGGCGGACCAGACCUCCACCCGACUCACCCUUCAGGAGGAGCAGAGACUCAACCGUCGCUCCGCCUCCCUGCUCGACAUCAAGGAGAGCACCGAAGUCUACAAGAGACACUCGUCGGUCAUCCCAUCCUCUCAUAUCCUGGAUGAGGUGAAGACAGGAAGGACCGGACCAGACAGGAGAGAGUUAACAGCCCUGGAGAGACUCAACGACGUCGGCUCUGCUGCUUCUCCCAAGGUACAGAGGUCUACCCUUGUGUUUGGUCGUCCCAGCAUCAAUCUCUCCUCCUCUACCUCCUCUACGGCCCCUCGGGUCCAACUUCGCACCCAGCGCUCUAGAAUACUGUUCCGACCAAUCAGCAUGCCCUUGGAGCGCCUGCCCCUCCCCACCCCCUCCCAGGUCGUUGAGAGGAACAGCAACGACGCCGCCAUGUUGGAUCCCACCGCUGACUCCAUCAUGGAGUCGGCCGAACCGGAGAAGGAAAAGCCUCGGAUUGGUGAGGGGUCAAGGGUCAGUACCUAUUUUAUCACACCCUUCAAUCCCCAGGUCGUGCAGCGUAGGACCUGGGAUAGGAAGUAUAAACACUACGAUGUCACGCCACGCACCGCCAUGAUCAUGGCUAAUUUACCGCCUGCCGGUACUGGCCCCGGAACACAGCCGACAGGGAAGCAGCCGACGAUGCCGACACAACUUUCCGUAUCUGGGCCGACUAGCUCUGCUCUCCCAUCCAGUGGUAGUGUCGGCACCAUAUUACCCAGCAGCCCGGUGUCGGUGAAGGCUGGCCAGACGUCCAGAAGAGACAGAGAGGAGACUAAGGACAGGCCGAACUCUGCUGCUGGAGGUGAUGGGGAGACAAGAACAUCUACCAACUCCCCCAUAGCGUUCAGACAACCAAGGAAUCUGCAGCCUCCGCCCGGAACCUUCUACAAGCCUCCUGGUUCUUCAGGCACGAGAGGCUGGCCAUCAUCAAGUACCUCUGGGACCACUAGCCCCAUCAAUAUGUCCCCAACUUCUACUGUUAAAACCUCUUCCCCGACUUUUCCUACUGUUAAAACCUCUUCUCUGACCUCUCCGACCUCUCCUACUGUUAAAACCUCUUGCCCGACCUCUCCUACUGUUAAAACCUCUUCCCCGACCUCUCCUACUGUUAAAACAUCUUCCCCGAACUCUCCUACUGUUAAAACCUCUUCCCCGACCUCUCCUACUGUUAAAACCUCUUACCCGACCUCUCCGACCUCUCCUACUGUUAAAACCUCUUCUCCGACCUCUCCUACUGUUAAAACCUCUUCCCCGACCUCUCCUACUGUUAAAACCUCUUCCCCGACCUCUCCUACUGUUAAAACCUCUUCCCCGACCUCUCCUACUGUUAAAACCUCUUCCCCGACUUCUCCUACUGUUAAAACCUCUUCCCCGACCUCUCCGACCUCUCCUACUGUUAAAACCUCUUCCCCGACCUCUCCUAAUGUUAAAAUUUCUUCUCCGACCUCUGCUACUGUUAAAACCUCUUUCCCGAUCUCUCCGACCUCUCCUACUGUUAAAACCUCUUACCCGACCUCUCCGACCUCUCCUACUGUUAAAACCUCUUCUCCGACCUCUCCUACUGUUAAAACCUCUUCUCCGACCUCUCCUACUGUUAAAACCUUUUCCCCGACCUCGCCUACUGUUAAAACCUCUUCCCCGACCUCUCCUACUGUUAAAACCUCUUCCCAGACUUCUCCUACUGUUAAAACCUCUUCCCCAACCUCUCCGACCUCUCCUACUGUUAAAACCUCUUCCCCGACCUCUCCGACCUCUCCUACUGUUAAAACCUCUUCUCCGACCUCUCCUAAUGUUAAAAUUUCUUCUCCGACCUCUCCUACUGUUAAAACCUCUUUUCCGACCUCUCCUACUGUUAAAACCUCUUCCCCGACAUCUCCUACUGUUAAAACCUCUUCCCCGACCUCUCCUACUGUUAAAACCUCUUCCUCAACUUCUCCUACUGCUCUCCUCCUCCUCGCUUCCUCCCGUUCCUCCACCAUUACUUUCUCCUCUACCCCUGUGGUUACCACCGCCACCCUUCAGACCUCAAACCUCGCCAUACACUGUCCACGGGACUCAGUGGACAGCUCUGUUAGUGUUGACCCUGAGGUUGAGACCUCCGCUGACCUUCCACCUCCCCGGUCCCCUCCCCCCAGCAGCCCAGAGGACCUCAGCCCCACUGAGGCCAAACCACCGCACCAAAGACUGAGACCCCGGCCCAAACCCAGCGCUCCCGGUGAGGCCCACUUUGUCUGAACCGUGAUGUCGUCACACACAGCUGGGGACACAGAAAACAACAGCAGAGUUGGCCAAGACUGCCAUGAUAAAAGUCACGUUGCUCCCGACGACAGACGAUCUCACAACACCUGAAAUAGGUACUAUCAGCUCACCACGUCAUAUGAUAUAGCCGUCUGAUGCCCAACUGCACAGUCCCGUGACGUGGCACACCACCAUAGGCAGUCAUUACUUUGCAUCAACCGAUCUCUUACCUCCCUUUGCGUGGCUCUAGGGAACAGGGGUGAUUAUUGGGGGGGGGGGGGACCCCAACCGUGGCAGUCUUGAAUUACUGUUGACGUCUGUAAGCAGGAAGUCUCCCCACUGUGGAUGAUGUCAUAUUGCCGGGUCUACUUUUACAGCCAAAAACACGUUUUUAUAUAUAUGUGUGUGUCUGUAAAUCAUUUCUACAGUGUGUAUCUCUGUGCCAGAUUGUAUAUUGGGAAAAUAACUAUUAUUUUGAUGUCAGAAGGAGUGUAAAAAGGUAGAACAGAAAAGUGUUACCUACAUGUGUUUUAAUAUAUUGUAUCGAUGGGCCAGUAACCGAAAGGUUGCUGGAUCGAAUCCCCAAGUUGACAAGGUAAAAAUCGCCUCUGAACAAAACAGUUAACCCACUGUUCCCCGGGCGCCGAAGACUUGGAUGUCGAUUAAGGCAGCCCCCCGCACCUCUCUGAUUCAGAGGGGGUUGGGUUAAAUGCAGAAGGCACAUUUCAGUUGAAUGCAUUCAGUUGUACAACUGACUAGGUAUCCCCCUUUCCAUGUUCUAUGAUGAAGUCAGAACAAACAGACACAUCAGCAGAGGCUGGUCCAUCCUAAUCAAAUAUACUUCUCUAAGUACUAUACAGAAUCCCACCAUCUGCAAUUCAUUGAGUUCUGUGUCAAUAUUGUCUGAUGUCCUGGUCAACACUGAACUGUUACAUCUGAUGACCUGGUCAACACUGCCUGUUACAUCUGAUGUCCUGGUCAACACUCCCCGUUACAUCUGAUGUCCUGGUCAACACUGCCUGUUACAUCUGAUGUCCUGGUCAACACUGAACUGUUACAUCUGAUGUCCUGGUCAACACUCCCCGUUACAUCUGAUGUCCUGGUCAACACUGAACUGUUACAUCUGAUGUCCUGGUCAACACUGAACUGUUACAUCUGAUGUCCUGGUCAACACUGCCUGUUACGUCUGAUGUCCUGGUCAACACUGAACUGUUACAUCUGAUGUCCUGGUCAACACUGAACUGUUACAUCUGAUGUCCUGGUCAACACUGCCUGUUACAUCUGAUGUCCUGGUCAACACUGAACUGUUACAUCUGAUGUCCUGGUCAACACUGAACUGUUACAUCUGAUGUCCUGGUCAACACUCCCCGUUACAUCUGAUGUCCUGGUCAACACUGAACUGUUACAUCUGAUGUCCUGGUCAACACUGCCUGUUACAUCUGAUGUCCUGGUCAACACUGAACUGUUACAUCUGAUGUCCUGGUCAACACUGAACUGUUACAUCUGAUGUCCUGGUCAACACUGCCUGUUACAUCUGAUGUCCUGGUCAACACUGAACUGUUACAUCUGAUGUCCUGGUCAACACUGCCUAUUACACCUGAUGUCCUGGUCAACACUGCCCGUUACACCUGAUGUCCUGGUCAACACUCCCCGUUACAUCUGAUGUCCUGGUCAACACUCCCCGUUACACCUGAUGUCCUGGUCAACACUCCCCGUUACAUCUGAUGUCCUGGUCAACACUGAACUGUUACAUCUGAUGUCCUGGUCAACACUGCCUAUUACACCUGAUGUCCUGGUCAACACUGCCCGUUACACCUGAUGUCCUGGUCAAAAACUCCCCGUUACAUCUGAUGUCCUGGUCAACACUGAACUGUUACAUCGGAUGUCCUGGUCAACACUCCCCGUUACAUCUGAUGUCCUGGUCAACACUCCCUGUUACAUUUUUGAAUUAGUUACAAAUAUAUUCUACCUGCCAUCUCAUCACAAACUGUACUUUUCCAAGAAGGAACUGGAACUAAAAUCAAGUUACUUUUCUCAAUGAAAUCAUGUAAUCAGUUCUUGAAGUCAUGUUCGAGAGAAACAAGGAAUUAGUUCUAUUGGGAAUUAAAUACAAUUUUUGUUUUGUACAAUUAAUUAUACAGUGCAGGAAAUGUUGUCAUGUUCUGGAUGUAGGCAUCUGAUUAUAUCCACAUGAUGCACUUAAUCCAGGUCCGAUGUUUUUACAAGCUUUUCCAUUUUUAUUAUUGCGCAGUGAAUGGAUGGAAGCCUUUAAAAAAAAUGUUUUUAGUUUACCCAUAAUCCUGUUCAGGUUUAGCAUCUGAUACUUCAUGUCACUUUUUUUGUUUUUGUUUAACGUACCUGUUUACGUUUUAUAUACGUUACUUUGAAACUGCACGUUUUGUUGCAGUGAAUUAUUUGUCAAUGUCUUGUGACCAUACAAAAAACAUCUUGCAUCACAUUUUAAAAGUGUAGUUGAAACUUUACUUGAGUGUUGCCAUUUUAUGUUGUCAUUAGCAAAUGUCCAAUUUCUGUCAUUAACAAUUAACAUACAGAGGCUUCAGAAAGUGUUCACACCCCUUGACUUUUACCACAUUUUGUCACAACCUGGAUUUAAUAAAGAUUUUUUUUUGACACAGGCCUACUACACACAA